CCGGUGUGAGAGGGAGGCUAUUUAGUGUAUUUGGCAGGAGAUUGGAAGAAAGAGGGGAGGGAGGGCUGUUUUUUGAGUCUGCGAUGCAAGGGGGACAGAAAGAGAGAGAGAGAGAAAGGUGGGGCGGGUAGUAGGAGAGUACGUCGCUGAGAGGAAUCUGUCAGAUUCAAAAACACACGACUCUCGCUGUCUGUGCAAUGAAGAGACCAAGGGAUGGAAAGAGAGAUCUGAGGAAAAGAUAGAAAGAGACAGCAGAGGAGCACAAAGUGAGAACAAUCCCCAAAUGGAUCGACAUUCCAUGGACACAACGAACCGGCCUGACGUCCCUGGCAAGUGCGGCCAAUCGACGCUGAUGCCGCUGUGCUGCAUGAGGUGCUAGGUCAAUCAAAGGGUGGAAGGUCACAGACUACAGGCGCUCGGGCUGGAAGGUUAAAGGACAGGCAACUGGGACGUUCAAAGCACACGCCAGACUCAGGAGCAAGCGGAUAGAACAGACGAGCAUCAGGGGGUUGGCAAAGAUGAUGACAUCACACGGAAAACUGAGGAGGGAGAAAGGGAGUCUCGCCGAGUAUGAAUCUCAGAUGAAAGACUUGCGAACACAACUGACUGACCAGAUUAAGAUUUUAGACUCUCAAGUUGAGGUGAAACAGCAGCAACUCUCAGAUCUUUCUGAGUUUCUUCGCCGGCGCGGUGAUAUCGAGGCUGAAUAUGCACGUGCCCUUGAUAAACUCACCGAGAGGUUCACCCACAAGACAAAAAAGAAGGAGCAGUGGGGUCAGUCGGUGUGUCAAGUCUGGUCCGUUUUGCUGACUCAAACCCGUUUGGAAAGUCGUGAGCACUCAACGUUGGGUGACACCUGCUGCAAUGCACUUACACAGCGCUUAGUGCACAGUACAGAAGACACACACCGGCUACACAAACGUAGCAAAGAGGUUGGAAUCCAGAUGCAGGAUGAGUUGCUUAAGGUUACCACUGAGUUGCAGACGGCCUUGAAGACAUACAACCAGUACCACACUGACUGCUUAAUAGCUGAGGGCAAGCUGAAGGAGGCUGAGCGGUUGGAAGAGAGACACACUGGCAAGUCUGCUGAGCUCGGCCUCGGCCAAUCAGGAGGGCAGAGGCGGAGCUCCGUCAAGAAAAUUGAGAGAUUAAUGGAGAAGAGGCAUGGGCGAGUGCAGGAGACUCAGCUCAAGUGUACAAAGGCUCGAAAUGACUAUCUGCUCAAUCUUGCUGCAGCCAACGCAGCCAUGAACAAGUACUACCUGCAGGACGUCAGCACUCUCAUUGACUGUUGCGACCUGGGUUUCCAUCCUUCUGUGGAGAGGGUAAUGAAGUGCUACCUGGCUAGUAGGUGGCGCAUCCAAAAGACGGAGGAGGCAGGGCUCAAGCAGCUGGAGGCCGCAGUAACGUCGCUGGACCAGGGAGGAGACAGAGAUGCACUGCUGCAGCAGCAUGACUCUGCCUUUUGCCUUCCGUUUAGGUUUAUCUACCACCCGCAUGAAGGCGACCAGGUGUGUGAGGUGAGUGCGGAGAGUCAGGUUAGAUAUGAGAUGGAGACCAGAUUUCAACAACUUCAGUCUCGACUAGCUUCUGUCACUCUGGAGACAGAGGAGGUCAGUAAAACCCUCAAAGCGACACUCACAGCCCUGCUGGACUCUAUGUGUGACAGCGACUGCAACACCACCCCCGACGUGCCCAGCAGCCUAUUACAUGAGCCCCCCGGAGUAGGUUCCACCACAAAACUUACCCUUGCCAAGCGUCGAGCCAAUCAACAGGAGACAGAGACCUACUAUUUUACAAAAGUGAAGGAGUUUCUCACCAGUAGUUCUUUAACUUUCAAACUUCAAGCCAAACAUGAUCUACUACAAGAUGCCAUACAGAAAGCUGAGGCCGUCAACACAGACCCCUCCAGAGCUCAAUGUGCUCGCUCUGUGCGAGUUCGCAAGUCCAGACCCAUUUCCCAAUUUUGCCACACACUCUUCAGCACAGAUUUACUCUCCUACAUACAGAGCUCCGGCCAGCAGAUCCCUGUGGUGGUUGAAAGCUGCAUCCGCUUCAUAAACCUUCACGGUCUUCACCAUGAAGGAAUAUUCCGAGUCCCUGGGUCACAAAGAGAGGUUAAUCUAAUCAAGGAUGCCUUUGAGAGAGGAGAAGAUCCUCUGUCGGACAGUGAGUGUGACCUGGACUCGGUGGCCGGCGUUUUGAAGCUUUACUUCAGGGGCCUCGAGCCCCCCCUCUUCCCCUAUGAUAGCUACUUACAGCUGCUGGAGUGUGUCCAAAUCGAAGGUAUAGUGGAGAGAGCGGCACAGAUCAAAGCAAUUGUCUCUGCUUUCCCACGACCUCUCCUCAUUGUAAUGCGAUACCUGUUUGCAUUUCUCAAUCACGUGACUCAGUACAGUGAUGAGAAUAUGAUGCAGCCCUACAACCUGGCCGUUUGCUUCGGGCCAAGCCUGCUGAGAGGGGUUGAUUCUGAUGACGUGGUUGCUCGGCAGCCGCAGGUCAAUGACCUUGUCAAAACCAUGAUCCUCCAGCAUGAUGUCAUAUUCCCAGGCCAGUCGGAAUUGCCAGGCCCUAUCUAUGAGAAGCACAUGACUCUUGAGCAGGAAUAUUGUGAACCAAUCACAGAGGAGGGAGAUGGAGAGGCUGAACAUCUGCCUAGUGAGGACGAGUGGGAGGCCGUGGCAAUGUUUGACUAUGCGGCAAGAUCGCCGGCAGAGCUGUCGUUCAAGCAAGGGGAGCUCCUUAUUCUUCACAGUAAGGCCUCUUCUGAUUGGUGGAGGGGUGAAGCAGGAGGACUCAAAGGUCUCAUCCCACACAAGUACAUCAGCGUCUUGGAAGGGUCAGAGAAAGGGAAAAAAGAUGAAGGAGGAGGUUUCAGCAGCGGUGGCGGCGGUGGCGGCAGCGGCGGUGGCGGCAGCGGCAGUGGUGGUGGCAGUACUGGAAAUUUGACUGCAGAUGAUCCUCAUACGGAGAACACUGUUCGGAUGCGGGUGAACAGCGACGGCGCUUCGUUGCCUGGGCGACAGAGAGGAAGUGAUGGAAGCCCUGGUCGAAAGCCGCCAACCUCCCCGGCGACACGCCACCUGCCAGUGUCUCAGGAACGAAGACACACACUAGACACUGUGAGACAGGCAGGGUUCAAACCUGUGGACCGACCUACAUUUGCUCAGGCAGAGAGGACAUCGGUUGACAAGGAGAUAAUCAGCCGCCAGAUGAACUCUGUCUUCAAGGAGCUCUUGUCUCGACAACCUCCCAUGGCUGAGGCUCCCCCUGCUCUCCCCCCUUCUUCCUCUUCUACCGCCACCUCCUCCUCUUCCUCUCCACUCCCUCAAACUGCCAAAAAAGUGGGCUUCAGUAUUCGAGGACGGGCCCUUUUCCGGCCAGUGGACUGACAUACCCUAAAACUGGAUGGAUGAGUCAAAGUAUAGAUUUAAAGCUUGAAAAUGAAUAUGUUGUCAUGCAUUCUGGGAAAAUCUUGAUUUAUUUUUAGGAUACAUGUAUAUAUUUACGUCUGUGCCAUUUCAUAGUGCCACGUGGUGCUGUAUUGCAGUAUGUCUUGUGUGUUUUCCAGCUGCUUUUGGUCUUCUUUUUCUUCCAGAUGUGUCAGUCUGGUUUUGGUCUUCAGUUGCGGAGAACAAGGGAUGUGUUCUGUCUAAUGUGGGAGGAUAUUAGGGCCAAGCUGAAAAGAAAAAAAUCUGAUACUACAAAAAUCAAGCUUGGAAUGUUAUGAGGAAAAAAUGUUUAAUUGCAGGUGUAAAAUCUGUAAGAAAAAAAAGCUUAUACUGGUCAAGAAUGUUUUACUAUUUUUUUUAUUCAAGAAUAGAAGUAAACUUUUCUCUAUAUGAUUUUUUUCUGAUUCUUCCCUUGUUUUUUCUCUAGCACAUUAGGUUUUUAGAAUAGCGAAUAAUCAUCUAUUUAACCAUAUCUAUCAAAUAAAAGGUUUGGUUAAGCAACAGGUAGCCUCUGAACCAUCAUAGUUAUUAAUUACAAUGCAUGGUUAAAUUUCAUAUUGCGCAAGCUUUUAUUGGUCAAACUUAAAAACAAAGAAAUGAAAACAUCUCAAAAACCUGAUGUGCUGGGGGGUGAAGACGUCAGCAUCAAAAUUACGUGUAGGUAUACAUAAAACCAUCCCUGACUAAAAUUUGCCAGUGUUUUUAUGCUUGUAAUAUUGCAUCUUUAUUCACUUUAAAAAUGUCCUCAUACAUUGAAAAGAACCCAAGUUUAGUCUCUAAAAAAACAUUGUUUCCAUAUAACAAUUUUAUUCCAUUUGUGGUUGUAAUAUUAUCAUGAAUCACAACUUUAUUCUCAAAAUAUUCCUCAUUUAGAAUUACAAUUUUAUUAUUGUAAGUCUGACUAUCAUAGUAGUUUUCCUUUUAAGUAUGGCCCUAAUUAUCAGUUAAUUGGUUGACAUGCUUUGUGACAGUAAAAAGACUGUCCUCUGGGGGCAGGUUCUGAAUGCGUUAAUUCAGUUCAUUAUUAAAGGAGGAAAACGGCUGCCAAUCUGAGGCCUGUGUCAAGGAGUGCCUCUGUAUUAUUUUUACAUUUUCUGUUCAUUUAGAAUAUUUUUACAUGAUGUGAGCUGUAAAGAUGAUUGCAUUGACAUUACUGUAUGCAACAAGCAAGUAUGUCAAUAUCUGAAAUAGCAUGCAGUGAUUUGACAAAUGUGUGGUGGAAAAAAGACAAAACAACAUUCCCUUUCAUAUGUGAUACAUGGCCGACAAGGCAAAACUCAGGGCUUUGCAAAGUUAAGAUGGGCUGACUCAGGUUUGCCUUUGAAAGAAUUAAGUGGCUUCUCUUGGCUUUCUUCAAGCUGUGUAAGAGCCAAAACUGCCCUCAUGUCAGGGGAGAACUCAUGUGACUUCUUCUGUCUUUAACUGUGACUAUGGCAACAAAGUUUGGCAAUCCCACUCCUAAUUGCACUCAUACACACUAAUGUAUACAAAGAGUCAAGCCUGAAAUUUUUCAUGCCCUUAGGUGUGAAUAAUUUGGGUCUUGACCGUUGGCCUAUAUCUGUUGCAAAUAGACUAGAUAGAGUUACACUCAAAAUGAUUCAUCCUCGGAUAUGAAUAAUUUGGGGCUUGACUCUGUGCGUGUGCGUGUGUAUGCGUAUGUGUGUGGUGUGUUUCUUUGUAUAUAUAUAUACAUAUAUAUAUAUAUGUAUAUAUAUAUAAUCGUACACCAAAACACAACCGUUUGAAAUGUAUUACGUCCCUCUUCUGUUGAAUUUUCAUUGAAACAUAGAUGUAAUACAAUUUACUUGUUUUAUGAAAUGAAAGCACCCUUUUAUUCAAAGUCACUGUUUGAUAAUGUCACUAGAUUUGAAGUGGAAAAUUACGGCAUAUGUGUGAUGAAAGAAACUAUGAUGAGAAUAAAAGAGACUCGGGUGAUGAUUUUGAA